AUGCUCUCCUGGAUCUACCCCCUGCGCGUCUUGCAGGCCAUCCUGGCCCUGGCCACAAUCGGUCUAGCGGCAUAUGAAGUUGCAUCUCUGUACGACGAAUGGUCCUACUCCAAUGUCAUCUACUACAUGCUCUUCAACGGCUGCUGGACAACAGCCAUUGCAGUCCCCUACCUCGGCCUAGCACCACUAGCCUUCCCCCGAUUCUCCCAUGAAGUCGCCAUCCCCCUCGUGGAACUCCUCACCUGCGGCCUCUGGUUCACCGGCUGGAUUGCACUAGCUGCCAUGAUCCCCUCGCCCAGUGCAUGUAGCUACGCCAGCUGCCAUGCUCUCCAGGCAUUGAUUGUUGUCAGUGCCGUGCAAUGGGCUACCUUCGUUGUCACAAACUACUUUGCCCUGACGGAUUUGAAGAACUCUCGUCGCAACUCAAAGAGAAACCUCACUGACGAUACCUCGGAGAUGGCUACUGCCGACAAUAAUGCCAACAAUAAUGCCAACACCACUACCAACCCUGAGUCCGCUGUCUAA